UCAUUGUUCUCCUUACCUUCUCUUCAGUCUGAACCCUGGAAUAUCCACAGAUGAGCCCCCGCCACCCUUGGACUCAUGUCCUCCAGUCCAUCCGCUCAGUGUCCUCCACCCCCCUCUGCCAAUCCCUCCGCUGGCCUCCAUUCAGUGUCCUCCAACCUCUCUGCCAAUCCCUCCACUGGCCUCGCAUUAGUGUCCUCCACCCCUCUCUGCCAAUCCCUCCACUGGCUUCUCCUUUCAGUGUCCUCCACCCCUCUCUGCCAAUCCCUCCACUGACUUCCCCAUUCAGUGUCCUCCACCCCUCUCUGCCAAUUCCCUCCACUGGCCUCCAUUCAGUGUCCUCCACCCCUCUCUGUCAAUCCCUCCACUGGCCUCCAUUCAGUGUCCUUCAACCAUCUCUGCCAAUCCCUCCACUGGCCUCCAUUCAAAGUGUCCUCCACCUUUCUCUGCCAAGACCUCCACCGACCCUCCAUUCAGUGUCCUCCACCCCUCUCUGCCAAUCCCUCCACUGGCCUCAUUCAGUGUCCUCCACCCCUCUCUGCCAAUCCCUCCACUGACCUCCUGCCUCAGUGUCCUCCACCCCUCUCUGCCAAUCCUUCCAUCCCUCCACUGGCCUCCAUUUAGUGUCCUCCACCCCUCUCUGCCAAUCCCUCCACUGGACCUCCAAUUCAGUGUCCUCCAACCCUCUCUGCCAAUCCCUCCACUUGCUUCACUUAGUGUCCUCCACCCCUCUCUGCCAAUCCCUCCAAAUUCUCCGCUGUACUUAGUGUCACUAACCAGUCUCAAAAAUACCAAUCCCUCCACUGGCCUCCAUUCAUUUCC